GAGAGAGUGAGGAGAGAGAGGAGAGGUAUUGGCUAAUCUGUAAAGCUUUCAUCGUGACCUGGCGGUGAUUCGCCAUAUUUCAUAUUUAACCCACGCGACCCACGAUGCUUUCCUCUUCCUAGUCAUCUUAGUUCCGGUGUCGUACCGGAUAGACUCUUCUCAUAUCCACACAAGCGAAAGGCAAAAAUCACGGGUGACAUCGAACGAUGCUACUGACUAAGUCACUACAACAAGACAACCAUCCGAUAUCAUAACAUACAAGACACAACCAACAAUAAAAAAAAAUAUAUAUAUAUUUUAAGAGAGGGUGUUGAGUGAUAAUAUUAGGCUACACAGCGUGACGUUUCUUCCUGUCAGUCCUUGUCUCCCUUCCUCCUUGAGAUCCUCUUAUGCAUAGGCUACAGUCCAUGGAGGAUUGUGUGUGUGUGUGUGUGUGCGCGCGCGCGCGCGAGUGAAUGUGUGUGUGUGUGUAUGUGCGCGAGAGUACAGACUUCUUUUCUGUAUUGACUAGGGUAUGCAGUCUAGGCCUACACCAAUGGUCCCUCACAAAAAAAAGCAACUACAUCCAACAAAACAACAAACACGAGCUCCAAGCGUGGUGUCGUAAGCAGGCUAUACACUGUUUUAACGCUGUAAGCUAAUAAUUCUUAUGAAGUUUACGGCAGAAGGCCUGGGAACAGCUACCAUGACUGCUCACUUUCACAGCACGUGAAAGCACGAGCUUUUCUCUGUCUAUUCACCCGUCACGUUGUGUAUGUUUUGACAUCGUAAAAUACAUGGACACCGGGACCUGUAGACUAAAGCUUCAAUAUUCUGUCGACAACGAUUGGGCCAUGGUGAUAGAAUCUAUAAGACUUAUCUAACGUUAAUUUUACAUGCUUAUCAACAUUUAUGGAUAGCUAUAGACUCGGCAUGUUGACUCCUAUAAGAAGCUCCCACAAAUGCAUUAGCAAAAAUUCCUUUACCCUUCGGUCGUCCACUUAGUAUAGCCCACCACAUACACACACACACACACACACACACUCACACACAAACACACACAAACACACACACAGAUACACGCUCACACAACCAAACGCACAAUGUUUUGCCUAUGCUUUCAUCGCUCCAGAAAUUAUAACAAUGUAGACUAAAUCAAUGGACAGGCUUAUUACAUAAAUUAAUCAAAUAAAAAAAUAACUGUGUUUAUGCAAAUAAUUUACUUGGGCUAGCCUAGGCUACAUGAAGACAGAUUUUGGGAGAAGCAAAAAUAAAAUAAACUCAAACAAUAAUGUGCUUUUUAUUCAAGAAUUCUUGGAAACAAUCGUGCUUUUUCUUUAACAUGCAGACAGAAGGCUACAUUUUGGGGACAUAUUCACCAAUAUUCACUAUUGGUCCCGUUAACAAAGCUCAUAGGCUAUAGAUGAAAACGUCUAAGCCUAUCCCACAGCCCAAGUCAUGGAACUAUUUUUUCUUAAAUCCCAUACCAAUACUGAAAUAUGAACAAGUCAAUUCGGUAUUUUUUACUUAAACAACGGAGGUGGAGGGUACAAUAGUAAGGGAUGGUAAUAAGGGGGGUGGGGGUGGUCAGUGGGUGGAAUAUCCAUUUUUAUUGCAUCACCUGUCAGCGUCGUCCAAUCGGCUUCCACCGCGAGGGCAUUAAUUGAUGAAGGUGUCCCCGGGUUCUUGUACCACCCCUCUGUCAUUUUAUUUGUGGUUAACCCAGCAGCCAGAAUAGCAGCUGCAUUUAGUCUCUUAUUCUCUCUCUCUCUUUCCCUCCCUCUCUCUCACUCUUGCUCGCUCCUGCUCUCUCUACCCCUCUCUCUUCUCUUUUUUUAUCCCUCUCGCUGUGAAAGUGGCGUACACCUUCCCUUCGCCCUGCUCUCGGCCAGAGGGGAGUGGAGCCGGCAGAGGCAGGUAGGGGAGAGCAAACAGACAGCAGCCGGCCUGGUGGACACAUCAGGCGCUUGUCUCUACCAUGCUGGGUCCGGACCACCCUCAAGGCACGGAUAGUCGGCUUAUGCAAGCCAUUCAACACCAACUCCAUUUAACUCUACUAAUGUCAAAGUUUGGUUCUUCAUAACGCAGCGGCGUGGAGAUGUAGGAGACUGUACUACCGACUCAUCAUGACUUGACAACUACACAUGAAGUUUAUUCAUUUUCUACUAGGAAACUGCCCACCGAGUGAAAUGCAGGGAUUGAUACAAUAGAGAGAGAAACAUGGGAGACUUGAAGUGUGGUUUUGAGGAAAUGCAGGGAGUCAAACUGGGAUACCUGCUUAUCAAAGGCAAACAAAUGUUUGCUCUUUCUCAGGUCUUCACUGACCUUCUCAAGAAUAUUCCUCGGACCACUGUUCACAAGCGGAUGGACCAUUUAAACGUGAAAAAGCAUCACUGUGAUCUGGAGGAACUGCGAAAGCUCAAAGCAAUAAAUUCUAUUGCCUUCCAUGCGGCUAAAUGCACUCUGAUAUCGCGGGAGGAUGUGGAGGCUCUCUACUUUUCAUGCAAAACAGAGCGCGUGUUAAAAUCCAACAAAAGGAAGGUAAAAGGGAGUUCCCCGGGGGAUGCGCGAGAGGAAUUGCUCCACAAGGACACACGCGCCAGGUCAUGGAAGGAGAAAGUUUGGUUCAGUUUGCACAGCGUUCCUCAGACGCUGCCCCUUAACAACAAAGCCGGCAGCCGAGAGAUCCCUCAGCUUCCCGACUCCAAUCUACCUCAAAUUUACAAUAAAAAACACAAUCAGGAAUACUCUUCGGUCUCGGAGUCCGAUUACAGACCCUUUAAAAACUAUGAAACAGCUCAAAUAACCGGGAAUUGUGUUUCAUAUAACCAGAGACAUUCGUUUUUCAGGACGGUAGUGAAUCGGCAGCCGGUGUUCUUUCAGUCCGCCAUUGCUCAGUCUAAGCUCUCGGGCGCAGCUACCGACCUACUUCACAAAAGGAAGAGGAGACGCGAGGAGGGCGGCUGCAGGGACAGCACGAGGCGGUCGUGGAGUAGGAGCAGACACACACAUCAACCCCCGGUCGUCCUUGUGCAGCCAAAGUGCUGCAGCAAGCCAAAAAGACACAAUAACGAGAGUUUGGGGGCAUUUCACCUCGGCCAUGAAUUUUACCUGAACCACGGGUCUCACCAUCAACAUCAUGGUUUCCAGGAGAGCUGCAGCAGCGACACGGAAUCAAGUUCCUAUUCGGAGAGGGUCAACAACGACUCGGAUUUCGGGUCGAGUUUGUCCAGUAGUAGCAACUCCGGGACUUCUGAUGAAGAGCUGGAGGACAGUCCGUCUGAGAGUUCGGACAUCAGCACGGACGAGGAGAGCUCGUCUCAGUCCGACUCUAGCUCCGUGUCCAGCCUGGUCUCUGUCCAGAGUAUCCGUUUCAGACGGGCCAGGUUGGCUUCUCUCCCCAAAACAAAAACCCUCAACUCUAAAACUUUGGUUCUGCAGCCGACCUUCCACUACAACCAGCAGCUGCCGCCACCCAGGACCCCCGACCAGGUAGGGAAAGCGGACGCGGACAGGCUAAGGAAACACCAGAGACAUGACUCAGUCAAUAGGGAAGCUAAGCAAGACACGGUAGUACAGCAAACCCCCAAAUUUGUGUCUCCUGGACGAGGGAGCCUUUUUACAGAGACCGUUGGGGGGGACAUUGCAGACGUGCACUGUGACCCAAAGAGUGCUGGUCCAGUGAAAACAGGCUUUUACGCACAAGGCCUCUCACCCAGCGCGAGCAGAAGUAAGGUAUUUCCCCCAUGCAGGACUCCGGGUGCGGCGGGCGGGUGCCCACCUGGACCAGGGUCACACUGCACUCAUCUCAAAGAAACGAAGUUCAUCAAAUCGACAGACAGCCACUUUUCAUUAUCCAUGAAUCUAAAAACAGAGACAAAAACAGGGCCUUUCUUGAAAUUACCAUCUCCACUGAAAACCAUCAAAACCGAGCCGGAGGAGUCCCUGGUGUGUAUGGGGCCCCACUCUGAGAACAGCAAGGCGGCUAAGACACUCCCAUCAGUCCUGCAGAAUGUGAAAAUUAAGGUGGAGGAGAGCAGUAAGGAAUAUGAAUACUCAAGCCAGGCAUCUAGAUUCCAAUGCAAAGGAGACGAGGCGGAUGUCAACAAUGCCCGGUACCCCGGCGGUGACAUCAAACACGCGGACUAUUUCAACUAUAAGACUAAAGCCAUUGAGAGCUCCGCCGGGGCUCCAAAGUCUCCUUCCCUUCAGGAAUGUAGGAGCACUCAAGACACUCCUUGUCCCGAGGAGGGGGAGUACAAGAAUGGCGCAAGGGUCAGGAAAAACUACAGGACCUUGGUGCUGGGGGAGAAAACAGGGAUUUCGAGGACGCAAACUAAACCGAAUGCGUCUAAAGUUGACAAGACUCCGUGUUCUCGUCCCGCAGGUAAAGCGGAGAAUUCCGAGGGAUGUGCAGAGGAAUUAACAGGAGCAAGUAAACGAAAACAAACAACUUCUGCUGAUGGCGAUAACGUCUUCUGCGAACACCACCACUGAACAAGGAUUGGGUGCUGAUUUCGACAUGUUCUGUUUUUAGGUGUGGAGGAAGGAGGAGAAGUUAAAGGCGACCCCAUCAUAGGCCUCAGAGAAGGCCAACUCAUUUUACAUUUCAUGAAUUAUUAAAAUGUUUAUAUCAUUCCCAUAUGAGAUAAGCCAAGUUGUUUUAUUUGAAAGUGCAUAAUCAGUGUGUGUUUAUUGUUUUUGAGUUUACGAUUAAAGGAGAUUUAUGCUGAAUUAUUACAUCAUCACCAGUUAUAAACCAUAGAUUGUUAGAAUAUAUAUAUUUUGUAGAUUGG